UGCACAUGCACAUGUACGCACACGUACACAUGCACACAGACAGCAGGGGUGUGCCAGACAAAAUCAGGAUGUGACAUCACUCACAGGAAAAAAAAGAAGCCAAACAACUUUUUUUUUCCAUUGUGCUUUUUUGUGCUGUGGAGUGAAGUUAGAGCCUCAGGGACUGCUGGCAGCUGGUAAAGAGGGAGUGUCCACGGGGAACUGGAGGGGACCGAUCUGAUCCUGUUGGAUUCCUGUCAGUCGCGAGUGAAAGUUGAGGAGCUGACAGUGGAAUUCUCCCAGGCCUUCCCACAACUCUCAACAGCAUUCCAAGCCAUUCCACAGUAGGACUUGAGCCAGCAGAUUUUGGUCUUCUUGCCCAGCUUGGCGUUCCAGCACAGAAUUCAUUCCGAAGUGCUUGAACUUCUUAGAGGCAGAUCCACCUACUGCUUCACUGUGAGACAACCUUAUUUUCCAAGAGCUGAAACCAACCAUUUUGCUCAUAAAGCUUCCCAUAUUCAGCAAAAGCCCCCCUUCACCCCCUCCCUUCACAUCUUAUAAAAAGAAUGGCACUGUGUCUCGGACAAGUCUUUAGCAAAGACAAGACCUUUCGGCCUCGGAAGCGAUUUGAACCAGGGACCCAGCGCUUUGAACUGUACAAGAAGGCCCAGGCCUCCCUGAAGUCUGGCUUGGACCUGCGCAAGGUGGUGCAGCUGCCGGAGGGGGAGAACAUCAAUGACUGGAUUGCUGUGCAUGUGGUGGACUUCUUCAACCGCAUCAACUUGAUCUAUGGCACGGUCAGCGAGUUCUGCACUGAACGCAGCUGCCCCAUCAUGUCGGGUGGUUUGCGGUAUGAGUACCGUUGGCAGGAUGGGAACCUCUACAAGAAACCCACCAAGCUGCCCGCGCUCAAAUACAUGAGCCUGCUGAUGGAUUGGAUCGAGACACUCAUCAACAACGAGGACAUCUUCCCCACGCGAGUAGGUGUUCCCUUCCCAAAGAACUUCCAACAAGUCUGCAAGAAGAUCUUGAGCCGCCUGUUCCGCGUCUUCGUUCAUGUCUACAUCCACCACUUUGACAGCAUCUGCAGCAUCGGAGCUGAAGCUCACAUCAACACCUGCUACAAGCACUACUACUACUUCAUCACUGAGUUCAGCCUCAUCGAGCACUCUGAGCUGGAGCCCCUGAGAGCAAUGACAGAGAGGAUCUGUAACUAAACCUCCUGGGAAAUGGAGUUCUUAUCAUCACUACAACGCACACUGAGCUGCUGUAGAGACAAUGGAUCAGAAGCUUUAAUCCCAAGCAUUUAAAACCAAAAGACUCCAUAUGAAUGGAUCUGAGGCAAUUCUAUUUGCAUUUUGUAAUGCAAUGAUUGCACAUGUCAGACUGGUGCUUAAAUUUGCUAUGUUGGGGCUCAGCAACAGCAUUGCAUAGUAACUAAUACUGUAACUGGUUUGUCUAAGCAUGCUUUUUGUAUUCAUUUACUAUCAUCUAUGCAUGUGUGUUGAUGUCACAGUGAAAUCUGUAAUGUUGUUUUAUUUUAUUCCAAUGACAUGUAGCUCCGUGUAGGGACCAUGUUCUGAGCCAUUGAUUACUGGUAGUAAUCUGAAAAUAGACUAACCAGGGUGAUGCAAGUAGCUUCCGCUUAUACCAUAGUGUUGUGCCAGUUACCCGUAAUGACUUCCUCAGUGAGAGAAGGCUUUGGUGUGACAGUGAAGCCUUGAGUUUGCCAGACAGACUGAAGUGAAAUUAUGAUGUUUGCUAGGAUGGCUCUGCCUUGACAUUAAUAGCUGUGAAAUAUUGACUUCAGACACAUGGACUUGUCUCUGCGCAUGAUUAAAUUUCAUUUGUGGACCAAACUAUUUUAAUUUGGUAAAGGUUGUUUUAUAAUGGUAAAGGAGUGGUAGUUUAGGAGUCUGCCCCUCAACAUGAUUUUAUUCUGAAGAGGUACCAUAUUACUAAGUUGUUUCAGCCCUUUUGGUGUCAAAAUGAGGCGCACCAAUAAAAAUGUGUGAUAUG